AUGGCGUUUUCUCCUUCUGUUCCUGCUGCUGACUUGGUUCAAACUCAUUCGACCAGUAAUUUCACUGAUUUUCCCAGACCUGUGACAAUUUCAUUUGCUUCAAAAGUAAGCAACUUGCAGGAACACGAUCCUAGUUUUAACAUCAAUCUGAAUAUCACGGAAGAUGUGCCAUCUCAAGCAAUUCAAGGAUCAACGGCACAUAAAGAAGAGGAACCAAUCAAAUCCUUCAGAACCCACUUCACUGCUUGUCAGCGGCGCGAAUUGGAGAAGACGUUUAGCCAGUCGCAGUAUAUUUCACCUCAGAAACGCCAAUCAUUGUCACUCCAAUUGGGGAUUUCUGCUGAGAUCAUUCAGACUUGGUUCAAGAACAGACGGGUUAAAUGGCGAAAAGAACGGCAGCAGACUGGUACGAGGUUUACCGCUGCCUCCUCCUCGUCUGCUCCAUACUUUCACUUCUUUGGUCACGUGCCUUAUCCCAAUAGUAAAUUAAUGAUGCGUGAUGCCCGGAUGUUAUUUGGUACAGCUCCUACGCAUGCCCAAGAUGAAGACCAAUGA